GACAAGUCCUCCGUCCUCCGAGGGUGAGCGGGCAACAAGCACAGCCACCUUCCCCCACCUGCACCGAGGGCUUCGUCAUGAACCUGUGCCACCCAGAGCCGGAGGAGCUGAGCAGCGGGGAGGCAGAGGAGCUACAGCGUAUCAGAUGGCACCGGAAGCAGCUGCUGGAGGACAUCCAGAAGCUGAAAGAUGAAAUUACUGAAGUGUUUGCCCAGAUCGACUGCUUCGAGAGCGUGGAAGAGAGCCGCCUGGCACAGAAGGAGAAGGAGUUGGGCGUGGGGCGUAAGAAGUUCAACAUGGACCCCAUGAAGGGUAUCCAAUAUCUCACAGAGCACAAGCUGCUGCCACCCACCGCCCAGGACAUUGCCCAGUUCCUGUACAAGGGCGAAGGCCUCAACAAGACGGCUAUUGGCAACUACCUGGGGGAAAGGGACCCCCUCAACCUGCAGGUGCUCCAGGCCUUCGUAGACUGCCACGAGUUUGCCAAUCUCAACCUGGUCCAGGCCCUCAGGCAGUUUCUGUGGAGCUUCCGGCUGCCCGGUGAAGCCCAAAAAAUUGACCGCAUGAUGGAGGCCUUCGCCGCCCGCUACUGCCUCUGCAACCCAGGCGUCUUCCAGUCAGCAGACACCUGCUACGUGCUGUCCUUCUCCGUCAUCAUGCUGAACACCAGCCUGCACAACCCCAACGUCCGUGACAGGCCACCCUUCGAGCGCUUCGUGGCCAUGAACCGGGGCAUCAACGGAGGCAGCGACCUGCCAGAGGAGCAGCUUCGGAACCUCUUCGACAGCAUCAAGAGUGAACCCUUCUCAAUUCCGGAAGAUGAUGGUAAUGACCUUACUCACACCUUCUUCAACCCGGACCGUGAGGGCUGGCUGCUCAAACUGGGGGGCCGCGUGAAGACCUGGAAACGGCGCUGGUUCAUCCUGACUGACAACUGCCUCUACUACUUCGAGUUCACCACGGACAAGGAGCCACGGGGGAUCAUCCCCCUGGAGAACCUCUCAGUGCAGCCUGUGGACGACCCCAAGAAGCCAUUCUGCUUGGAGCUCUACAACCCCAGCUGCCGGGGCCAGAAAAUCAAAGCCUGCAAGACGGACGGCGACGGCAAGGUGGUGGAGGGCAAGCACGAGUCCUACCGCAUCUCAGCCUCCAGCGCCGAGGAGCGCGACCAAUGGAUCGAGGCCAUCCGAGCCAGCAUCACCCGCGUCCCCUUCUAUGACCUGGUCUCUGCUCGGAAGAAAAAGAUCACCAGCAAGCAGUGAGCCUCCUGGGAGGUGGCGCUGAGGGCCAGCCCCUGUGACACCUCCACAUCUCCCCUGUGGGACCUCCCACUCUAGCGCACCUGUCCUGGCCACUGAUCUGCACUACCUUGAGCUGACUGUAGGGGACGCAGGACUUGAGCCCCAGCCACCUCCAAAGGAGGUUUGAGAAGGCCUCUGUCGGAAGCAGCCAGGUCAGCAGCCAGAGCAAGCCACGCCAUGGCCAGUGCCAUGCUCCCCCUGGGGUCUGAUUUUCCAUCUCACAGCUCUCUGCCCUCAAAUCAGGAGGGAACGUGAGGUCCCUGAGCGCUUUCUGCCUCCUGCUCCUUCCCUUCCACCUGCUCAGGCCAUCCCAGUAUCCCCUCUCCAGCCUGGCCCUCUUUGCCAGAGCUGGACCCAAACCAAGAGAUGGGAGUCCAGGAGUUGCCAGGAGUGCAGCUGGGACUGGGUGGGUGUCCUCCCCCAGGUCGUUGCAAAUUCUUUGCAAAGUGCAGGGUAGGGACUAGAAGACUAGAGAGGUGGCGGCCCCGACCUCUCUGUGCACUGAGGCCGGCUCUGGACUGGAGUCCCCUGGGGAGAGAGAAGUGGAGCAGGCUCCACACCCCUUGAAGAUGUGUCCCUGGGUGAGGGGAGCCGAUGGGACCCCAAAGGUGCGUAUUGCAGACUGGACACAGACAGGAGGCGAGCCAGGAGAAAGCCCUGAGAGGCUGCCUGGAGGCAGUGGCCUGGCCAACAAGCAGGACACAGGGCUUGUACUUGGGGAAGCAGAGCCCCACCCACAGCUUCCCCCACUAGCCCCUUGGUGGUGAGGGGUGCCCUUGCCCUGAGUCUCAGCACCCCUGCAGUGUACCCACUGCCUGCCAGGGAAGGCAACUCUGUCUCAGGGCUGCAGGUUUGUUCUCAUUCAAGUUCAACUCCUGCUGCCCCACAAGCCCCAGGAAAUUCUGGAAGGAAGCACCCACAGUCAGCCUGAGGGGGGUGUGGAGCUGGUCGAUGCUCUGGAGGAGAGCAGGUCACCAGGCAACCACACACACACACACAGCCACACAUGCAAGUCUGUGCACACAUGUAGAUACAGACCCACAUGCAGACACAUACAUGCCAAAGACACACACAGGUACAAACACUGAAAGACAUAGAAAGAUUAACACCACACACACACACACAUAGGCACACACUUUCCAUCAGACCUGGGUGAAGCAGCUGCGUCGUGAGGAGGUGAGCUCCCUGUCUCUGAAGGUGUGCAAGCGUCCAAGGCUACCACCCAGAAGAAGAUCCAAACUGGACACCUGUAGGGGGAGGCCUUGUUGGCCACGCCAGAACACAUGCAGACCCCUGGCAGCCUGGGAGCAGAGCCUUAUGGGACCUGUGAGAGCUCAGCCAGGGUCAGCGAGAGCAGCACCGGCCAGACUCAGACCUUCUGGACUCCUCGCCUGCCUCCGGCACAUGCUGGCUGUGUGACCUGUGUCCGGCCCACUGCCCUCUCUGGUCGCCGAGGGCAGGGAGGGGCAGGGUCUUUCUGGCCUUGCACAGCUGUGCAGGGGUCACCCAGGAGACAGAAUAAAGCUCCCAGUACAGCUCUCGGGUGGUCUCUGUCCUCGGCCAUGGACCACCGGCCUCCAACUCCCAUGGGACCUUCUCCCUCCACAGGGAUAAAGGUGGACACUCAGCAGGGAGUAGGAGCUGGAUCCUUCUCCCCAGGACGCUGGGGCUGCCAAGCUGGGCAGGCAAGUCCCCAAGGGCUGGACAUCCAUUAGGUCUCCUUUAGGGCACAGGCAGGGCUGAGCCGGGACUGCCACAUCAGGGAAUCCCAUGUACUGGUAUCCAGGUCUGGUAAAAGACACACAGAUGACUCUGCAA